AGCGAUUUGCGCAAGUAGUAAGUGUAUUUUGUGUUGAAAAUGGCACAAACUGUAGAGGACCAAGUCCUCAAUAUAGUAAACAGUUUAAAACAAAAUCAAGAAAAGGAACCUGAAGACACAGCUGUAACUCAAACUUCUAAGUCUUCGUCAAAAAAAGAGAAGAAACAAAAUGAAGAAACUAUUAGGGGACGUCCUAAAUCUGGACGCUUUUGGAAAACGCAGAAAGAGAGGUUUGCUACAGUGAAUAAGACUAAAGGGCUUACGCAAGAUUUUAAAAAGAAGACUGCCCUUAGGUUAGAACUAAAGAGGACUAAAGAAUUAUCCCGGCAAGUUUUAGAAGAACUAAAACAAAAAGAACAAGCUAGGAAAGAAAGGAGAAGAGAGAACAUCAAGCGGUCAGCCGAAAACAAGGCAAAGGCUGAGGUUGUUCAAGUUAUCACUAAUUCUGCCAAACUGAAGAGAAUGCGUAAGAAGCAGCUGAGGUUCAUCCAAAAACGGGAUACUAAUAAAGAAGUUGAGGCUAAUAAAUAGAUAUUU